GAUUUUACAGGAAUGAUGUCCGGUCUGACACUGGGCCUUCUCUCACUAGAUGAGCUACAGAUUAAGGUGCUACAAGAAAGUGGGAAACCCAAUGAGAAGAAAUAUGCUGCAAAGAUCUAUCCAUUGGUCAAACGUCACCACUUAUUGUUGGUCACUCUUCUGCUGACCAAUGCUGCCGCCGUCGAGUCCAUGCCAAUAUUUCUUGACCGCAUCUCAUCUCCCGUUAUUGCUAUUAUCGUAUCGGUAACGGCUGUGCUUCUGUUUGGGGAGGUGUUUCCUCAAGCUCUCUGUAGUCGUUUUGGACUUGCAAUUGGCUAUUAUAUGUCCCCGCUCGUCUACCUGCUCAUGGUCGUCCUUCUGCCCAUCUCCUACCCUCUCGCAAAGUUGCUUGACUGUUUGCUCGGCACGGAACACGCAUCGUUCUUCCGCCGUGCCGAGCUCGGCGUUCUCGUUGACCUUCACGGCGACGAACACAUAGAGAAUGAAGAACCGCUGACUGAGGACGAGGUUCUGAUCAUCCAGGGGGCUCUGCAAAUGAGAGACAAGACAGUGAAGGAUUCCAUGGUACCUCUAGAGAGUGUCUUCAUGGUCAGUAUAGAUGAAAAAGUGGACCGUCCAACCCUGCAGAAGAUCCUUCAAGCAGGGCACUCGCGCAUUCCGCUGUACAGUGGCAGUAAGGAGGACAUCGUUGGCUUGAUCCUGGUGAAGCGGCUGAUGUUGUAUGAUGCAGGUGAAGCCAGAGGUCUCGCAAUCAGAGAGGUGAUUGCAAGAGACAUUCACAGAGCAUUCCGGAAGGCACCCAUCGUGCGAGACACGACACCUCUCUACGACAUGCUGAAUGAGUUCCAGCUAGGACGCUCCCACCUGGCGAUAGUUGAGGCUGCACCCAGCCCAUCAGAUGGCGUCACUGCCUCCAGCAAGGUGGUGGGAAUCAUCACACUAGAGGAUGUGAUUGAGGAACUAAUACAGGAGGAGAUCAUAGAUGAAGACGAUGUCUACGUUGACGUGCACAAACGCAUCCGUGUCGCCCGCUCCUUCAUCAGACAGGUGUCCACACGUAAUCUUCUCCAGCUUCCCAGCAGGGCUGGAGUGCUGCGCGUCGGCACAGCGGCGUCGAUGAUAACGGAGUCGCCGCAUCCGACCACGUUCACCAUCUCGCCCCGAACAUCGCCCCUCGUCCGGUCCCUGCCGUCGACCCCGCCCUCCCACGCUGACGACGACGUAGAGCCUCUCCUUCCCUGAUCACGUCGACAUUUUUCGUUCACUUCGAAACUUUAUUGUCGUUUCUCUCUUGUUUCUUUCUAUUGGUUUCUCUGACUUGCUUUGCUUGUUGGUCCGGGUAUAGCCUUUGGGAGCCUCUUGCGUGAGAGUGAUGCAUUAGAGGAUGAUGUAUGCUUCUCAUAAUAGACGUCAUACGAUCACUUCGAGAGCUGCACGAAUGCCCAAUUUACUCGUGUGUGUGUAUGUGUGGGAGGGUGUGGGUGUGUGUGUUGGUGCGUGUGAACGUUUGCACGUAUGUUCCACUGAUAACUAACCCAUCAGUUACUGCUAGCAGUCACCCACAGAGGAGCACUCCCCAUGACUUGUCAUCAGUAGCGGUUUCACUGAUAUCAUACGUCUUCUACCUCGUUUACCAUUUGCACUGAUUCAAUCCAAUGUGGCACUAACUAAUACAACCAAUUGGUAUCUAGCUGUUUACUGGCUACUACAUAUCUCUUCAAUUAUCUUACACUUUACAGGAUGCACAGUUGUUUCUAUUAUAUGUUAUAUGUGAAAAGCAAAACAUUGAGUCUCUUGUAGUUACUGACCUAAAUACGUAGUCGUCGUUAAUUGUUUUUUUAUAUAAACUGUUGAAAAUAGAUGGAAGAUAAACGUAUAGAUAUACAUAUAAGAUAUAUAUACCAUACUUAUUUAUGUUGGUAUUUCGCACUACUAUUAAUACUUUAUCAUGCACACAUGCACGGGCAAGCAUUUAAAUAUAUAUCAGGAGCUUAUAAAUGGAUAAGCUCUUAUAUAUAUGCUGUAUAUAUAAGCUCCUGUAUAUAUGUAUAUGUCUAGCAGGUGUGUGAAAUCGGAUUCGCACUUAGUUCAUGAUUGAUCUUCCUAACCAGGGAUGUUUGCAUGUAGGGUGGCCCUGCAUGCGACUACUUUGUGUCUAUAUGAUCUCAUGUAACCUUAUUCUUGGGCCACCUACUCCGCAUUACCCCACAUUCCCUUGUCUGUGUCCGUAGUGUUCCAUCAGAAACCUACAGCUACAGCAUGGAUAUACCUCGGACUCCCGUGGCCCGAGCAAGCUGCCAAGCGUUUACAACUCCGAGGAGAUG